CAAAGAUCUUCCGUCAGUAUACACUACGGACCUUUCCAAAGUGUCGUUCAAUCGCUUCCUCACGCUGUUGGCCCGCAGUUGUGGAAGAGUGUGAGAGUAUAUGAUCGAAAUUAACUCUAACGUUGUCAGUUUAGCUUUACUCCCGACGAGACUUUUAGUCUCUUUAAAUGUAUUUGCUAACCGGUAACUGAUUGUGUAAAUAGUCGUUACGUUAGCCGUUAGCUUGUUAGCAGGUUUAAGUAUAUUCUCUUUCAGCAAGCAGUAACUGUUUACUUUGACAACUCUACUAAUAACAGGAAAAGGACUGGGGAAAGUCUGCAGAGGUGCGAUGGAAAAAGCGGCGGAAGAAAUUGUUGAAGAGAGGACAUACGUUUAUAUAAAGGGUGAAGCUGCCAUCAAACCACAAUUCUUAACAACAAAAGAAAAAUUUCAUGGGUUCGUAGACUCUGAGUGGCAGAGAUUGAAGGGAGAAAAGGAAGGGGAAAAUGACGAAGUUGAGGAGACCAAGGAGACGUCUGCUGAGGAACCUGAUGCUAAAAAGCUCAAACUGGAGCCUGAAGAAAGAAGUAAAGUGGGAAAACCAGAUGGUAAACGACUUCGGGGACAGAAUAAGUCAAGACCACACACAAAACCUACCACCUAUGAUGAAAAACGACUGUGUCUCUCAAUCAUUCGGGGCAAUGCAGAAUGCUCCUUUGGAGACAAAUGCCACUUUUACCAUGACGUUGCUGAGUACAUGACCAUGAAGCCAGCUGACAUUGGGGAAAGCUGCUACCUCUAUGACACAUUUGGAAAGUGUACUUAUGGUCUCUCCUGCCGCUUUGCCAAGGCACACACCACACCUGAUUUCAAAACCAUGGAGAACCUAGAAUUAGUUAAGGCCUGCGAGGGCAGGAGCACAGUGAAGAACAGCCUGAGUAAAGACCUCCAGAAUCGCCUAAGGAAGCGUUCAGUCUCCUUCAAGAAGUCAACAGAGUACCUCAAAACACUUUCAAACACCGAAGUCAAGAGAGAUCAGCAAGGGAAUGGUGUUGCUUGUGCAGCUGAAGUAUGUGCAGAUCCAACAGGAGGAGAGCAGCAUGUGUCUUCUAUAGCAGAAGCACAGCCACAGGCCAGCCCAGAUAAAGAGCCUCCAGUGAAGACUGUUGGCCCACUGACUGAUGUAGAUGUUAUCAAGCUGCGCCCAUGUGAAAAGAAACAGGUGGACUUUCAAGACAAGCUCUAUCUUGCUCCUUUAACAACUUGUGGAAAUCUGCCUUUCCGUCGUGUGUGCAAGCGCUUUGGAGCAGACAUCACCUGCGGGGAGAUGGCCAUGUGUACAAACCUGUUGCAAGGGCAGCAGUCAGAGUGGGCCCUCCUGAAGAGACAUGAAAGUGAAGAUGUCUUUGGCGUCCAGUUGGAGGGCUGCUUUCCUGACACCAUGACGAGGUGUGCAGAGCUCAUCAACAACUACAUCGAUGUUGACUUUGUGGACAUUAACUCUGGAUGCCCUAUUGACCUGGUCUACAAGAAGGGUGGAGGCUGUGGCUUGAUGACACGCACCAGAAAAUUUGAACAGAUUAUCAAAGGAAUGAACUAUGUCCUUGAUGUCCCUUUGACAGUCAAGAUCCGCACUGGUGUUCAGGAGAAGAGCAACAUAGCACACAAACUCAUCCCUGAGAUGAAGAAAUGGGGCGUCUCAAUGAUCACCUUGCAUGGCAGAUCGAGAGAGCAACGCUACACUAAAUUAGCUGACUGGGACUACAUCACCACCUGCUCCAAGCUGACCAAUCCUGUUCCACUUUUUGGUAAUGGAGACAUCCUGUCGUAUGAAGAUGCUAUGAAAGCCAGAGAAACUGGAGUGUCUGGUAUUAUGAUUGCACGAGGUGCCCUCAUUAAGCCCUGGAUCUUCACUGAAAUAAAGGAGAGCAGACACUGGGACAUUUCGUCCAAUGAGCGACUGGACGUUCUCAGGGAUUUCACCAACUUUGGUCUUGAGCACUGGGGAUCUGACACCCAAGGUGUGGAAAAAACCCGCAACUUCAUGCUGGAGUGGCUCUCCUUCAUGUGCAGGUAUAUUCCAGUGGGUCUGUUGGAGCGAGUGCCUCAGAAGAUCAACGAACGACCUCCGUACUACAUGGGCAGAAACUAUCUGGAGUCACUAAUGGCCAGUCAAAAUGUUGGGGACUGGGUCAGGAUUAGUGAAAUGCUACUUGGACCUGUACCGAAGAAUUUCAACUUUUUGCCCAAACAUAAAGCCAAUGCUUACAAGUGAUUUUUGUUUUUGACUACUGAAAGAACAUCCAGGCUUUUUGUUUUUAGCUGCUUGUUUUUUUAUUGGUUUAGAGAAUAAGAUUUACAGAGAGAAAAUCUAUUGUGUUUUAAAUGAUGAAAGACUGUUGAGUAUUCUGUUAAUUUUGAAUUAUGGUGCAUUAGUACAAUACAUGGUUGUCUGUGCAUUUGAAAUAUAUGCAAUAAAUUCUUUUGCCACACUAAA